AUGGGGAGGCGGCGGCGCCGGGUGGACCGGACGGCCGGGGCCGGAGCGGGGGCCCUGCCUGAAGCCAUCGCCGCGCUGAGUCGGUCGCUGCCCGCCGGGCCCAGUCCCGAGAUCUUCCGCCGCGCCAAGUUCGAUCGUCCGGAGGCGGCCCCCGCGCUCUGGCGGCUUCUCUUCCGUGUGCUAUACCCGCUCCCGGCGGACGGAGCCUCGGCCUCGCCCUCCCCGGAGGCCCAAGCCCGCUUGGUGAAGUCAGCGCUGCGCGCCCAGGGCUACCCGAGAACUGCGCUGGCGCAGAUCCCCGAGGACGGCUCCCAGGGCAGCCGGGAGCUGCUGCUGGCUGUGUCUUGGCUUCUGGCCCGAGGACCCCUUCUCGAGCGGCUGUUGGCCCAGACCCGCGUGCAGCUGGGCGACGAGAUGCCAGUGUGCGAGUGUAAGGUCCUGGCCAGCUCUGGCCCAUCGGCGCCCCAUGUGGAAGCAGAAGGCCCUGUGGACAUCCGCCGAGUGCAGUGGCUGAUGGGACAGCUACGGUUCCGGUGGCGACACCUGCUCUGCAGUCAGCAAGAGCAGUGCUCUCUCCUGAGCAAGAUCCACGUGUACACCCGAGGCUGCCACAGUGACCGGAGCUUUGGCCAUCUGUCUGUUGCUGAAACUGAGAUGCUCAGGGACCCAGAGGGUGGCCAGCAGCUGCUGCGGAUGCUGGAGUGUGAGAAUGCGCGCCUGGAGGCCGCUCUGGCGUGGCGGCGCUGCGAGCUGGUCUUCUGGCAGUGGAUGGACACAGUUCUGGAUGCUUGCCCCCCAGAGGCCCCUGCUGCGGCCUCACAGCCUACGUUCCUGCCCAGAAUCCCUGAGUACUGGGUGGAUGAGUUGGAGCUGGUGGCGCGGGAGCUGCAGGCCCUGCAGGAGGAGCUGAGGCUGGCGGUGGAGACCCGGCGGGCAGCCUGGGAGGCCAGGGUUGGAGGCCAGGGCUGGGGGCUGGAGUGGACUGCUAUGCGGCAGGCUUUGAAGGAGGCUGUGGAACAGGAGCUUGCAGCCCUGCAGCGGUCCUGGGAGCAACACAGGGGCCCAGCGCAGCCCCAUGGGCCCCACCGGCUGGUGAGAAGUGAGGAGGGGGCAACAGGAGGCUGGGGCCUGUGGGCAUCUGAGGUGAUUGGGACGCUGAAGAGCCAGGAGGCCUGUCUGGAGGCAGUGCUGUGCCAACUACAGGGACAGUGUCGGCAGGAGCUGGCCAGGCUGGCGGGAGCCCUGCCUGGCCUCAUCUGGAUCCCACCACCUGGACGCUGAGAGCCACAGCCAUGCCCUCCCUGUGUGGGACCUGCCCUGGCCCGCCUGGCUGAGUGUCAGAGGAGUAGAUUCCAGGAUGGGUGGCUGCAGGACAAUGCAGGUGCAGAGCUCCAGCCAGACAUUCACUCCGGGACUGGGGCUGUCCUGACUUUGGCCAGAGCCCAGCCCUUGGCCAGCACUCUAGGGGAAACAUCAGGCUGGUCCCCCUGAG